AUGCACAGAGAAUUUAUCUCCCAGAGUAUUAAAGGCGCAGAAUUUCUCCACAGGGAGUUUCUACGAAAGUGGAGUAAGAAUCUAAAAGUUGUGUACACAGGAGGCGGGCAAACGGCCGGGACACGCUUGUUUAAAGAAUUCUACACUGACCUGAGGAUUACAAACGCAACACCAGAGGGAAUGCCCCUUGGAAAUGACGGGGAAACCGAUGAAGAUGUGGAUCCACAUCAACUACUGAAACGCAACAACGCUGAGACAGAGGAGACCUCCACCAUCUUGGUGCGGGGAACAGCCGGGAGUGGAAAAAGCACCCUGAUACAGAAGAUAAUCCAUGAUUGGGCCACCAAGAAAAUAUAUCAGGAGUUCAAAUAUAUAUUUUCUUUCAAGUUUCAGAUCUUAAACGCCAUCAAACAUGUGACAAACUUAAACACCCUGGUCCUUGAAGCGUAUCCUCAUCUGGAAACGUGUCUGGAAGAUAUUUGGAAGGACCCUAAAACGAUAUUGUUCAUCCUUGAUGACUUGGACCAAUUAGAGCAAAGUUACAUCUUCGCAGAUGAUGAGGGAAAUGAUGAUCCACCUGGCCAGUGUAUCCAUCCUCAUUCCUCUGGAUUUGUGCCUGACAUCCUGACCUCCCUCAUUCAGGGAUUUACCCAGGAGAAAGUUGAAGAAUAUUUCCAGCGUAACGUUGGAGAUAAGGCAAAGGCAAAACAGUUGGUGCAACUACUUGAAACAAAUGAUACAUUGGGUACAUUGUCUGUCAACCCUCUGUUCUGUUCCGUUCUCGCCUCAUUGCCCGAGUGGUCACAAGUUGGAGAAUUUCCAAUAUUGGCCAUGGCCAACACCCCGGUGUUCUCCGCCUACAUCACAAGUCUUCUUCUGACCUGCGGAUACCAUGCACAAAAUUAUCGGCAAGGUUUGAUAAAUUUGGGCAAAGAGGCUUACAAAAAAAUCAGAGAUAAAGACUUUGCAUUUGAAGCCCACGAAGUGAAUCAGUAUUUUCCCAUCUUCACAUCUGCACUCAUGAUGGAGGUGCCAAGCAAAGAUGAUCGUGGGGUUGUCUACAAAUUCAGGUACCCUGUUUUCCAGAACUUUGUUGCUGCCCUUGUUAAAAGCCGAAACACCCCAGGAAUGUCCCUAAAAAUGUUGUUAAAUGAGAUUUACACGGCAACAGAUGACAGAUUCAACAUCUUCUCCAGGUUUCUGGUGGGUCUCUCCUCACGGAGGUCAACCAGGAUGGAGAGAGCAUUGGGCUCGAUUUCACCCGAUGCCUCAUCUUCCAUCGCCGACUGGAUCAAAGAAUGUGUGAAAACGCGCCUGUCCAACUUGGCCGGAAAGAUGGCCCAGGGCAAAUUCUUGAACAUACUGCACUGCUUGUUUGAAUUCGGAGACCCUCAGUUGACCACCGAGGCCCUGGAACCCAUGAGGACCAUAAUAUUCAAUCAAUGUUCCCUCAACACGUUCGACUGUGCGGUUUUAUCGAGGACAUUGAUCUGCUGUGGACCCAUUGAGGAACUGGAUCUCAGCUCAUGCGGUGUAAAACAGGAGGGAAUUCGAUAUCUACAACCCGUGUUGUACAAGUGUAACGUGCUCAGGCUAAAAUCCAACCAACUUACAGACGACUGCAUAGAAAGUCUAAUCUCCAUCGUUCAAACCAACCGUUCACUGAUGUUGUUGGAUCUGAGUAACUGCGAUCAGGACAAGCACAAAAGGAAUGAAUUCACAGUCGAAAAGCUGCAGGCUCGUGUACAGAAUUGUGGGCUGCAACGAGAAAUCAGAUGGGCACGGCAUGAAGAUACUGAACAGAAAGACUCAAAGCCGGACAAAGCAUCGAAUAUCUUAACGAUCAUCACAGAAUGAAGACGCAAGGACCCGCAGAUGCUGGUUUACACAAAGGGACACAAUGUGUUGGAGUAACUCAGGGUUUAUUUCGAUUGUUCCACCGAGUAACUCUAGCACAGUUUGUCCGAACCAGAGUAAUGGACUGUUCAUGAAUUUGAGCAACGGACAAGAACAUGAUUUGGGUGGGCAUCGCGACUCGCAUCGCAGCAGCCUCUGCAGGCCGACUGUCUUGUUUUAUUUUUUGUCUCGUUUGAGUGUAGUGUACAGUGUUUUUUUAACACUGGGUAUGUGUGUGUGUGUGUGUGUGUGUGUGUGGGGGGGGGAUGGGACUUUAAAAAUCUUUUCCCUGUACGGAGGACCCGACCUUUUCUCUGUCGGGUCUCCGUUGUCGUUGGGGCCUAGCACCGUGGAGCGGCCUGCAACCGGAAUGUGAUGUGGCCCUUGUGGCUAAAGGGAUCAGGGGGUAUGGAGAGAAGGCAGGUACAGGAUACUGAGUUGGAUGAUCAGCCAUGAUCAUAUUGAAUGGCGAAUGGUGCAGGCUCGAAGGGCCGAAUGGCCUCUACUCCUGCACCUAUUGUCUAUGUUUUUAUGUUCCUGCCUUCUCUCCAUACCCCGUGAUCCCUUUAGCCACAUCUAACUCCCUCUUAAAUAUAGCCAAUGAACUGUGGCCUCAACUACCUUCUGCGGCAGAGAAUUCCACAGAUUCUCCACUCUAUGUGUGGGAAAAAAAAUGUUUUUCUCAUCUCGGUCCUAAAAGAUUUCCCCCUUAUCCUUAAACUGUGUGACCCCUUGUUCUGGACUUCCCCAACGUCGGGAACAAUAUUCCUGCAUCUAGCCUGUCCAACUCCUAGAUAAUUUUGUAAGUUUCUAUAAGAUCCCCCCUCAAUCUUCUAAAUUCUAGCGAGUACAAGCCGAGUCUAUCCAGUCUUUCUUCAUAUGACAGUCCUGACAUCCCAGGAAUCAGUCUGGUGAACCUUCUCUGUACUCCCUCUAUGGCAAGAAUGUCCUUCCUCAGAUUUGGAGACCAUAUACUGUAUAUACUGUAUAAUACCGUAAGAAUCAUUACCCCUUCCGUGAGACCUGAAUUAUUUCUAACCCUGUUUACCAGCUCUGUAAUACUUUGGAUGAUGCAAUUUGUUUUCAAUAAAUAGAAUGAUGGUGGAGUGUAUGUCAUUCUUUCAAUCCAUAAUUAAACGCGGAAACAUCAAAGUAGAAUAAAGGGAUCUUGGAGUGCAGGUACAUAGUUCCUUAUGCCCCUGUCCCACUUAGGAAACUUGAAUGGAAACCUCUGGAGACUUUGCGCCCCAUCCAUGGUUUCCAUGCGGUUCCCGGAGGUUUUUGUCAGUCUCCCUACCUGCUUCCACUACCUGCAACCUCCGGCAACCACCUGCAACCUCCGGGAACCGCACGGAACCCUUGGGUGGGGC